AUGUGGAUGGUCUUUCUUCUUAUUUGGCCUUUCAUUGUGGGUACUCAAUCUGCCUCAGUGACAUCUCAACCUCAUAUGGAAGCAAAUGCGAUAUUAAAUAGUGGAUGGUGGAAUACCUCUGAUGCAUAUUUUAACAUCACAUUUCUUUGUACUUGGAAGGAGAUAGUUUGCAACAAGGCUGGAAGCAUAAAAAGAAUCUUCAUAGAUUCUGCAACCACAUCUGAGAUUCACUUUGAAACGCUUAACUUGUCUGUUUUCCACAAUUUAGAAAUCCUUUUUGUCUAUGGCAUUGGACUACAAGGAACUAUCCCAGAAGAAAUUGGUCUUCUCACCAAGCUCACUGACAUCGAUCUAUCCCAUAAUUCUCUUGAAGGUAAGAUACCUCCUUCAAUAGGAAAUCUUAGACAGUUGAAGAACUUAGACAUCUCAUACAACAACCUUCAAGUUUCCAUUCCUCACGAGUUGGGAUUCAUUAAAAAUCUCACUUCAUUAGAUUUAUCCCACAAUAGAAUCAAAGGUCAAAUACCUUCUUCACUGGGAAAUCUCAAACAAUUAGACUACCUAGACAUCUCUUGUAAUAACAUUCAAGGAUCCAUUCCACAUGAGUUGGGUUUCCUGAAAAAUAUAACGACAUUACAUCUAUCUGACAACAGACUCAAUGGAAACUUUCCUAUUUCUCUUACUGAUCUCACCCAAUUACUAUACCUUGACAUCUCAAACAAUUUUCUCACUGGUGGUCUCCCAUCUAACUUCGGUAAAUUAAGUAACUUGAAAAUCUUCCGGUUAAAUAAUAACUCCAUUGGGGGGACCUUUCCGAUUUCAUUGAAUUCUAUCUCUCAAUUAGGUUUCCUUAACAUUUCAAACAAUUUACUCCAAGGUAAGCUACCUUCAGAUUUUUUCCCAAUGAUAAAUUAUGCAAUUUCCAUUGAUCUCAGUGACAAUCUCAUAACUGGUGUAAUCCCUACUCAGUUUGGAAACAUUGAACAAUUAUUUUUAAGAAAUAAUAAAAUCAGUGGAACGAUUCCCCAAUCUAUUUGUAAUGCCCGUUUUUUGGAUUACGACAUUUCCUACAAUUAUUUAAGGGGUCCCAUUCCAUUUUGUAUAGAUGAUCCUUCUCCAUUAAUAGGGAAUAACAAUAUAUGUACUAACAAACUCUAUGACAAAAUCGAAUUCCAACCUUGCCCGUCUCGCUAUAAUACAAAAAUAGGGAAAAGUAAUAAAGUAGAGCUUCACGUUGCCAUUGUUCUUCCUAUACUCAUUAUUCUAAUCUUAACCUUCUCACUUAUCAUCUGCUUGAAACUUAAUCAUAAUUCUAUCAAGAACAAGCAAGCAGAUAAAUCAACAAAAAAGAAUGGGGAUUUCUUUUCUAUAUGGAAUUACGAUGGACAAAUAGCAUAUGAUGACAUCAUUAGAGCAACGGAAGAUUUUGACAUUAGAUAUUGCAUUGGAACAGGAGCAUAUGGAAGUGUUUACAAGGCACAAUUACCAUGUGGAAAAGUUGUUGCCUUGAAGAAACUUCACGGCUAUGAAGCAGAGCUGCCAGCUUUUGAUGAAAGUUUUAGAAAUGAAGUGAGAAUAUUAUCAGAAAUAAAGCACCGAAAUAUUGUGAAGCUUUAUGGAUUUUGCUUGCACAAAAGAAUCAUGUUUUUGAUCUACCAUUACAUGGAGAGAGGAAGUUUGUUCUCCGUCUUGUAUGAUGAUGCAGAGGCCAUGGAAUUCAAUUGGAGAAAAAGGCUUAAUGUUGUUAAAGGGGUUGCCUUUGGCCUAUCAUAUCUUCAUCAUGAUUGUACCCCUCCAAUAGUGCACAGAGAUGUAUCUACCAGCAAUAUCUUGCUAAACUCUGAGUGGCAUCCUAGUGUUUCUGACUUUGGAACAGCUCGACUCCUUCAAUAUGAUUCAUCAAACCGAACUAUAGUUGCUGGAACCAUUGGAUAUAUAGCUCCUGAACUUGCCUAUACUAUGGUUGUGAGUGAAAAGUGCGAUGUAUAUAGCUUUGGAGUUGUGGCACUUGAAACUUUAAUGGGAAGACACCCUGGUGAUAUACUGUCAUCACUUCAGUUAGCAUCAACUCAAGGCAUUAAGUUAUGUGAAGUAUUAGACCAACGUCUUCUACUUCCGAAUAAUGUGAUGGUUUUACUUGACAUAAUUCGUGUUGCCACAAUAGCAUUUGCUUGCUUAAAUCUCAAUCCUUUCUCUCGACCAACAAUGAAAUGUGCGUCACAGAGUUUUUCCACUGAACUUACACCAUUAAGCAUUCCUUUGAGUGAAAUUUCUGUGCAGCAACUGAUGAGUCAAGAAUUAAAAGCAUUAUUUCAUAUCGGGAACCUUUGAAGUAAACAAUUGGGAAUCAAGUUUGGUGACUUUCAAAUUUGAAUUCAAUAAAGACAUUGCAAAACUUUAUUUUCAUAAGUUGUUAGAAAAUGUUGUAGAAUUUUUUUGGUACGUUAUCUCAUAAGUUUGUAAUGCAACUUUUCCAUAUCGAUAAUGUUCACAGU